AUUGUUGAUUUCGUUUGCAUUUGCUAAGCAUCUUCCAGGAAAUACACCCUGCAAUUGCCUAGCUCGUGCCUGUUUAAGUUGUAUCCUCUCCUUAGUUGGCUCAUCAACUCCUCGCAUCAGAAAUUAAACCUGCUCCUACUUCUAAUAAUUUGCUUUGCUUGGCCCAAGUUGGUUAUCAGUGUCCAACUUUACCUAUUUCUUCUGCUAAUCCUGGAUGAAAUAUCCAUGAACCUCUCUUAUAAGAAAGAGUAGGCUUGCGAUUGCAAUCAAGCAGAUCUGUUGGAUGCUCCUUUCUAAUUUUCUGGGCUUAAUUUGUUUCUUAAUAUCUAAUUUCUUCAAAACCCUCUUCUAGACCUACAGUCAAGAAGAUCUGCUGUUUGCUACAUCUAAUCUGCUUGGCCCAAUUUGGUUCUGUGUCCAAUUUCUUGGAUACCUUCUUUUUCUUCUAGACCUGCAGCUUCAACCUAUUGGUUGACCAGGUUUCCUGCACCAUCUAAGGAGGACCUAUGUCCAAAUAUUAAUUAUGUCCUUCAAUUGGCUUUCUCAUUGACUAAAGGCAGAAGUGAUCUCUUCUCCUCAGUUGGCUAAUUAAACUCCUCUCAUAAGAAAAAAUCAGGGUGCCGCUGCUUCGAAUUUGCUUGGCCUUGUUCUGUUAUCAGUGUCCAACUUCAUUCAAUUUCUUUCUGCUAAACCGCUCCAGGAAAUUCGUCGAUGGAGAGAAUUCUUGAUAUAUUUGAGAAAUAUGUUGACCACUACAGAAAACUUGAAGAAGAUCUGGAAGAGUUGAAAAGCGAAUUUCGGGUUUUAAAAAGGAGAAAAAUUGAUAUUAAUUCAAGAAUAGAAGCAGAGGUUCGCCAUGGGCAAAAGGUGAAAAAAGAUGUGAGGGGCUGGCUUAAAGCUGUUAAAAAGAUCAAAAAAGACAUAAAAGAUGUUAAAAAAAGGGUGCACAGCGGGGUUCCAUUCUACGGACGAGUCAGUCUUGAUAAACUCGUGCGUAAAAAAAUUGAAGUGGUGAAGAGAAUUCAAGAGAGGGGCAAUUUCAAUGAAGGCCUUGUGAUUGAGAGAGCUCCAGCUCGUGGAAUUAGAAUUCCAACAGAAAAUAUAGAAGGUGAAAUUUCUAAAGGUGAAAUCCAGAAGCACCUGAUGGAUGACCAGGUUGGAAUGAUUGGAGUUUGUGGGAUUGGUGGUGUUGGUAAAACUACAAUUAUGAAGCAUAUUAACAAUGAUUUAUUGAGGGAUGACAGAUUUCAGAAAGUGAUUUGGGUUACUGUGUCAUACUCAUACCCUCUCAAUGUUUUUGAAUUACAAAAGAAGAUUGUUGAUGCUAUGCAUGAAACCCUUCAGGAAGUUGAAGAGAUGAGGCGGGCAGCAGAACUAACAGAUAUAAUGGGAAGAAAGAGUUUUGUGCUAAUAUUAGAUGAUGUAUGGGAUAAUUUUUCUCUCAUGAAUGUUGGAAUCCCGGAACCAGUGCAGAAUAAGAGCAAAGUAGUCAUCACUACUAGAUCUAUUGAAGUAUGCAAGUCUUUGGAUUGUCAGAUUGUUAAAGUGCAACCUCUUUCACCAGAGGAAUCUCUAAACCUAUUCCUCGAGAAGGUUGGACGUGAUGUUUUACAAAAAGUUUCAGGAUUGGAAGAAACCUUGAAGCUUAUUGUGGAGGAGUGCGACGGCUUGCCACUGGCAAUUGUUGUAAUAGCAGGGAGUUUGAAGGGAGAAGAUGAUAUUGCAGAGUGGAGAAAUGCCCUUAAUGAAUUACGCCUAUGUGUAAGAAGUGUGAAAUAUGUUGAAGAUGCAAUAUUUGGACGGUUAAGGUUUAGUUAUGACCGUCUAAGAAUUCCUGAGAUCCAACAAUGUUUUCUGUAUUGCUCCUUGUUUCGGGAAGAUUAUGAGUUUGUUAGAGAGGAGUUAAUUGAAGAGUGGAUUGAUGAAGGACUGAUUGUGAUUGAUGAGUUGGGAAGUAGACAAGAAGCUUAUAAUAGGGGCCGUGCUAUUUUAAAUCAGCUUCUACAGAAUUGCUUAUUAGAGGAAUGUGUUGAAAAGACAGUUAAGAUGCAUGAUGUUGUGAGAGACAUGGCUAUCAAAAGCAUUGGUCCUGGAUGUGGAUAUCUGGUAAAAGCUGGUAUGAAAUUGGAAGAGGUACCGAAUGAGAGUAAGUGGGUAGGAGAUCUUAAGAAGCUUGGAAUAAGCAAAUGUUCAGCAAUGAGGAAGCUGGUUCCACUUGAGCUCCGGCAUGCCUUCCAAAACUUGGAGUUGAUUAUAGUUAGUGGAUGCAGACAAAUGGAGGAGAUAAUAGCAUCAUCAGAUUCAGAUACAUCAUCAUCGAAUAAAUUAUCUCUCACUUUUCCUAAGUUACAGGAAUUGACCUUGGUGGAAUUAGACCAAUUGAAGAGCAUCUGCAGUGACGAAGCAGUUAUGGUUUGUGAUUCCAUUGAGCGAAUUGAAAUAAGUAACUGUCCGAAGUUAAACAGGAUUCCUUUACAGCUUCCUCUGCUUGAUAAUGGCCAACCAUCUCCUCCUCCUCAUCUCAGAAAAAUCGGGAUAAAGCCAAAAGAAUGGUGGGAAUCAGUGGUUGAGUUGGAUCAUCCUAACGCUAAGAACAUACUCCAACCUUUCUUGGAAUUUCAUGAAUGGGAUAUUGAUAAAUAAGUCACGUGCGAGCCCAAUAACACGUGCCAAUAAAACCCUUUCUUCCAGUGCUCCACAACGGGAACAAAGGAACAAAUGCAUCUGACAUGGGAAAGCCUUUGUAUUGUGGAAGAGAUGAGAUUGGGAUUGAGAUUGAGAUGCAUCCACCCUUCACCCUCUGCUCUACUGUGCUAUCUCAUAAACUCCAACUAUGAUCUUUUCUCAAGCAAAGGCAACUUCUAUCGCCAGAACAGCAAAGCAAAAUAAAAAGGGACUCACGCACUGCCAAUAGGCUUUGGUUUCAUUUAUGAUAAAUUUUUGUUUUUCAAUUUAUGUCUUUUUUUUUUUAAUUUUAUUGGAUGAACUUGGUUUUGUAUCUUUUGGUAAUUUGUUUGUAUUGUAAGUUGUUACGCAUGUUAUAUUAUGGGAUUUCUACUCUUGUUUCUUUGGUGCUUGAUUGCUUCAUAUAAUGAAUCUAUUAUCAAUUUGAAAUCUUAAAUUGUUGUAAUAUGUACCUUUCAUAUCUGGUUUGCUAACUUGACCACUGGAGAACACUUUGCAACACUCCACUGCCUUUUUCCACUUUUGCAGGUUUUUUUCUUUCAUUUCAUUUACUUUUCUAUCAUUUGCAAUCCUUGAUUGUUUUAGUUACUGAAAGGGAAACAAGUUCUGUAGAUUGAAGUGAACGGUAUAGGGAGUUCCUGUCUAGGAGUUCCUGUCUAGGAAUCCAUAACAAAAAGGAACUCAGCUCUCACAAAUCCUAAGUGCACAAUUGGUAGGCAAUUGGCAGGAAGAGAUCCAGGCUCCAGUCUCUGAUGAACUCCAGGUUUCCUACAAGUGGCUGAGUCGCAAUCUUUUGGCGUCAUGAACUGUUGCAAGGAGAAGCUAAGCAGGAAUUUGAUGGCAAUAGCUCAGUUUAGGUGUAUGGUGUUCAAGAAUGCAUUGCAAAGUAUUGUGAGCUGCACUCUGGAAUGUUGAAUUUUUCCAGGCUUCAAGAGUUUUCCUGGAGUAGCGUACCUCAAAUAUUGAAAAUUCUUUAAGAGAUAACAGGUUCGAUAGCAAACUUCUGUGAUUGUGCUUCUGCAAAGUUGAAGUCCAGAUGAGCACCAGCUGAUGGUCUUAAUUUUAGUAAAGAUUCUAAAGGUGAAGCCAACAAGAAUGGAUGGUGGUUUUGGAUUUGUCAGGUGUAGAUGAGUAUAAAGAUGUCAUCAAUUUAGCAUCACCCUAUCCCCCCAAACAGCUGCCAUGUAUUGAUCCAAAAGUCAUCAGCAAAAGCAGAAACAGUUAAAAGUCCUCUCCAACUAAGAAUGAAAAUCUGCUUUCUGAAACUGGCCUCCUGUUGCCAAGAUGUCUCCUGCAGUAGGAAGCGCUACUCCUUGUCUGGGAAGCAAAAGAAAGCAGGGAAAGUAAAGGAUUCCAAGCAAGGCAAUAUCUCAUCAUUCUUUAAGAGAGUUAAUUUGGGCAGAAUGAAGUUUCUACUUAUUCUUGCCAGCCAUCCAUCUUCAUUGGAUCUUCUCCUUUCUUUUGUUGGACAUUAUAUUAAAUCUAAUUCUACUUCAUCUACAAUGUGAGGCCUGAUUCACUAUCUUAUAUAGUCUAUAUAAAAUCUGGAGGUGACAGCCUUAUUCACGCCAACCACCAUGGUAA